AUACCCUUCAAAGAAGAAAACAUCAUUGAACAAGAUUUUUUUAAAGCAGCAAAGACAAACACGGUUCCCACGUUAAAAUAUCUAUACCAAGCAAAUGAUUUUUUGAAAAAUAUAAAAGACGAAGAUGGGAAUACAGCUCUAAUGAUAGCAGCAGAAAAUGGACAUAUAAAUGUUACAAAAUUUUUGUUUGAAAAUGGAGAAGAUAUAAACAUAGAAAAUAAAAACGGCAUGACAGCUUUACAGCUGGCACAGAAAAACAAGCAUUUUAAGAUUGUUACACUUUUGGAGAAGCCAG